AUGAGUAUAUCCAAGUUCUACAGAGCUGUCAUGUCUAUAACACCUCAAGCUCUUCUAUGUAAUAGUUCUAGAGAACAGUGUAUAAAAAAGUUAAAUGAAUUACCAUCAUUUAUAACGAACAACAAACUCAAGGUGAAUGCAGCUGUUUUGGUACCCUUAUGUGUUGUUGACAAUGAAGUGUGCCUCUUGUAUACUCUAAGAUCUUCCAACUUAAAUACUCACAAAGGACAAGUAUCGUUUCCUGGCGGGAAAAUGGACGCAGGUGAAAGUGUUUACGAUACAGCUGUUCGUGAAACAGAAGAAGAGAUAGGGUUUAGGUCGGAGGAUAUUGAAAUAUGGGCUAAAAUGAGUCCUGUACAAGCACGAGAUAGAAAUAUUGUGAUUGUACCUGUCGUUGGACUACUUAAGAAUUUAGAUAUGAAGAAAUUAAAGCCAAAUAUGGAUGAAGUGGCUGAAAUAUUUACUGUUCCAAUGAAACUGUUUUGUGAUAAAGAAAAUCAUGCUAGUUUUGUCCAUAAUAAUUUAACCAUACCGCUAUAUGAAGUAGGUAGUAAGUACAGAAUUUGGGGUAUCACUGGCAUGAUAACACAUUUUUUUUUACAAAGCUUUUUGCCGGAGGAUAUUUAUCAAACCGAUUUUUUAAAGAAAGAGUAUAAACUAGAAGAAUUGUUGACUUCUAAACUGUAG